GGAUCCAAGAGCCACUUGCGAGCCGGUCCUGGGCGGUCCCUGAGCAGAAACAGGAGGAGGGGCCGAGGAAGGGUGCGGUCGAGGUCUGGGUCGUCAUCCAGGCUAGCCCGGAGCCAUCGUUCACCUUCGCAGAGCUUCUCCCUGGGCUUCGCCUCCGUGGCCCCAAGGGUUGCUGUGAUCUCGGCUUCAGAGAAGGUGGACUGGCAUGGCCUCUGUCUGGGUUGGAUCUCGAGGAACCAUAAAAGAUUAUCCAGGCUUUAGCCCAUUGGUGGAUGCCGAAGCUAUCCGGAAAGCAAUCAGAGGACUUGGGACGGAUGAGAAAACCCUCAUCAACAUCCUGACGGAGCGGUCGAAUGCGCAGCGGCAGCUGAUUGUCAAGCAGUACCAAGCGGCAUAUGAACAGGAGCUGAAAGAUGACUUGAAGGGUGAUCUGUCUGGCCACUUCGAGCACGUCAUGGUGGCUCUUGUUACAGCACCAGCCGUCUUUGAUGCGAAGCAACUGAAGAAAUCCAUGAAGGGAACUGGCACAGAUGAAGAUGCGUUGAUUGAAAUCCUAACAACCAGGACAAGCAGGCAAAUGAAGGAAAUCUCGCAGGCCUAUUAUACAGUGUAUAAGAAGAGCCUCGGGGAUGACAUUAGUUCUGAAACGUCUGGAGACUUCCGGAAAGCUCUGCUGACUUUGGCAAAUGGUAGAAGAGAUGAAAGCCUCAAAGUGGAUGAACAUCUGGCCAAAAAGGAUGCUCAGAUCCUCUAUAAUGCUGGUGAGAACAAAUGGGGCACGGACGAAGACAAAUUCACCGAGGUCCUGUGUCUACGGAGCUUUCCACAGCUGAAACUAACAUUUGAUGAGUACAGAAAUAUUAGCCAGAAGGACAUUGAGGACAGCAUUAAAGGAGAAUUAUCUGGGCAUUUUGAAGACCUGCUGCUGGCCAUAGUUCAUUGUGCGAGGAACACCCCAGCUUUUUUGGCAGAAAGACUUCAUCAUGCUUUGAAGGGUGCUGGAACAGAUGAAUUCACUCUGAACAGAAUAAUGGUUUCCAGAUCAGAGAUUGACCUUUUGGACAUCAGACAUGAGUUCAAGAAGCACUAUGGCUACUCUCUAUACUCGGCCAUCCAAUCAGAUACGUCUGGAGACUACAGAACCGUGCUCUUGAAGAUCUGUGGAGAAGAUGAUUGAAGAAGAUGGCUCCCAAUGGCUGCCUGCCCCGAUGGUGGACCGCCUCAACAGCUCUGCUCACUGCUUUCAUUCAGCACUCCAAAGUGCAAGCAAAUGCAAGACCGAACCUGUCUGCCUCGUAGGCAUUGGCAUCACUCAGAGUGACGGCAAAAAUGAACUUGAUUUUAUUUUAGAGCAUCUCAUUCGUGAUGUAGAGGUUUAUAAGGGGAAUUCAAUCUAGAAUUAAAGACCUACUAAUGCUUUUCUGUUUGGCUUAGGAAGUUGGAACCUGUGUAGUUCAAAACCAUUAAACAUAAAUCAGGAUACUAAAGAUAACUGCCUUUGCUAAAUCUAAUUUGUGUAUUUGUUGUCAGUAUCCACUAAUACUGUAUGUUGCCCGGUGCCAACAAAUAUUUCAAAAUACAUUUGUUGUAAAUGCUC